ACCUGCAGCGACAUUAAACACUCAGUUUGUGUUUUUAAUCUGAGUUUGUCUUAAAUUUAAAAAGGAAAAACAUCAAGAGGAGUUUUUAUUCCAAGAUUUUGGAGGAUUUAAGAAAAAAAAAAAAAAAAAGUUUGCUUCACCUGAGGGACUUGUUCUGCUCCGGUCCCCUGACACCGGCUCCCGCUGCAUCUCCUGCCCGGCCCCGGCUCCCUCUGCCCCGCCAUGGGCUCCGUGCUGCCCGGCUCCUCGCUGGGCCUGAAGUCGGGCUUCAAGCCGCAGCAGCCGCUCUCUCUGGCGGACAUCAUCACCUCGGACAUCCUGCACAGCUUCCUGUACGGCCGCUGGAGGCACGUGCUGGGCGAGCAGCACCACCACCUGCCGCACCAACAUCACCUGCCGCACGAGGACCGCACCGCCCCGAGCGCGAGCCCCAAGACCGCGUUCACCGCCGAGGUGCUCGCGCAGUCCUUCUCCGGAGAGGUGCAGAAACUGUCCAGUCUGGUUUUACCCAGCGAGGUGAUCAUCGCUCAGAGCUCAGUCCCAGGAGAAGGUUUGGGGAUUUUCUCUAAAACAUGGAUCAAAGCAGGAACAGAGAUGGGACCGUUCACAGGACGCCUGAUCUCACCUGAACACAUCGACCUGUACAAGAACAACAACCUCAUGUGGGAGGUGUUUAACGAGGACGGGACGGUGAGGUAUUUCAUCGACGCCAGUCAGGAGGACCAGAGGAGCUGGAUGACAUACAUCAAGUGUGCGAGGAACGAGCAGGAGCAGAACCUGGAGGUGGUUCAGAUUGGCAGCAGCAUCUUCUACAAGGCUGUGGAGACGAUCCCUCCGGAUCAGGAGCUGCUGGUCUGGUAUGGAAACUCCCACAACACCUUCCUGGGAAUCCCUGGGAUUCCUGGAGGAGACGAAGAACAGAGCAAGAAGACCAAGACCGAUGAAUUUCACACCUGUGAAGGCUCCUCUUCCUCCUCCUCCUCCUCCUCCUCCUCUUCCUCCACCCUGGGCCGCAUGCGAUGCGUCAUCUGCCACCGCGGCUUCAACUCCCGCAGCAACCUGCGCUCCCACAUGCGCAUCCACACGCUGGACAAACCCUUCGUCUGCCGCUUCUGCAACCGCCGCUUCAGCCAGUCGUCCACGCUGAGGAACCACGUCCGGCUGCACACCGGCGAGCGCCCCUACAAGUGCCAAGUCUGCCAGUCAGCGUACUCGCAGCUGGCGGGCCUGCGGGCGCACCAGAAGAGCGCCAGGCACCGGCCCACCGGAGAUGCCGUCGCCGCAGGGGGAGGUGUGGUGGUGCACGCUGCUCACUCACCUCCUCCUCACCCACCGCAGCUGACCGCCAUGCCUCACCCGGCAUCACUGGUUCACCAUAUACCCACCAUGGUGCUGUGAUGAGAGGUAGGCAGACAGACACACCAAAUACAGACAGACAGACAGCUUAAAUAUCCAAACUAACUCAGACAGGAACCUGACAGGUUGGAGGAACAUGUUACCCAGGUAGCCACAGGAAUCAGGCCAACUGCGGCUCAGCGUCGGCACAUUUGGCUGAGUUCUGGUCGCUCGAUUCCUGCAGCAGCUGUGAUCUGACUCUGACCCUCAUGUGACCCAGAUUUGGGCUGAGAACCAGAUCCAGUGAGCAGCACUCAGGCCACAUUUGGGUCAGAGCAUCAUCAUCCUCACUGCGACCUCGUCACACGUCCGCGUUUGGUCAUGGACUUUCCAUGUCCACAUAUGACG